UUUUAAUAUUAUUGCUGAAUUUCUAAAAUUCAACCCAGAUGUUUUGUUGUUCAUGACGAUGAUGAUUAAUGAUAAUAAUAAUCAUUGUUCCCAUUUAGGAAUCACAAAUAUUUCAUCCUUUUUACGUAUUUUAUUCCCUUAAUCACUUCGGAUUCGAUUAAUCGAUGAAUUAAAAUAUACAAACCUAUGCUAGUCAUUAUCCAAAGAUAUAUAGUGUUUAUGAUUCGUUAAAAAUUUAAAUAAAAAACAACAAAACUCACUCAAAAUUUCGACCGAUUACGAUUUUUUUUUUUGUUGUACAUUCAUACCAUAUGUUUCAUAUCAUAUCAUGAAUAUCAUCAUACAGGAACAAGAUUCCAAAUCAAAAAUGAAUUCAAAUAACAACUAUAAUAGUGAUGAUAGUGAUAUAAAUCUACUGAACAACAACAACAACAAUAAUAAUAAUAAUAAUCCAAUGAAAAGUAUCAUAGAUAACACAAAGACGACAAGAGAAUCACCGAUGAAGGACGAUAUAAAUUAUCAGAAUAAUCAGAAUAAUAAUAAUACAACUGAUCUUCAAGUGCAAUCAUCCUCAUCAUCGGCCAAUAAUAGUCAAAUAUUUGGCACACCCAUCACAAUCACCAAUGAAACUAUAUAUGAAUUUGGUAGCCAUUUUGAAAAUCCAUCACAUGUGAUCAGCGAAAAGGUGCAAAAUUUGGCAUCACAAAUCUAUAAUGAAUUGCAAAAAAUUCUUACUCGUUAUAAUGAUGAUGAAGAAGCAGUUAAUGGUCUAAUGCCAUUGAUAGUCAAUGUUCUCGAAAGUUUGGAUCUAGCAUUGAUUGAGAAUCAACAGCUACAGGUCGAUCUGGAAUUAUGUAAAGAUGAUAAUGAACAAUUAGUGCAAGCAUUUGAAAAAGAAAAACAGCACAAGAAAAAGAUUGAACAACGUUUAUUUGAAUAUGAAUUCUCCACUGAAGAAGAGAAACAGCAUUACCAACAACAUAUUGAUUCAUUGGCCAAUAUUGUUAAAAUGUUGGAGUUGAAGGCUAAAAAUUCUUCUGAUCAUUCCACCAGACUUGAAGAGAAGGAAAGCGAAAUGAAAAAAGAAUACUCAAAAUUACAUGAAAGAUAUAACGAACUUCGACGUAGUCAUUUUGAUUUAAUGGAAAGAGUCAAAAUCAUAUUGGGCACUGAUAUGGACAAUAAAGAUCAAAGCCUUAAGGAACCACCAAAUUUUUCUAAUUUAUCCGGUGUAUUCCGUACUAAUUUACAGAAAUUUGUUUCAAAUGAAGAUAAUAUGGAAAAUUAUGACCUAAGCGGAAUGAGCACAAUGACACCCAGAGUUGAUGAUGAUGAUUCAUUUAUUCAUUCGAAUAAUUCAUUUGUCACAUCUGCCGGUACAUCUUCGUUAUCGAAUCGUCAGGAUCGAUGGAUCGAAACAGAAAUGUCAUAUGAUGAUACCACCACCAUUAUUGAAGAUGUCGAAGAAUUACAAAAGGAUAACAAUAAAGAUAAAAAUAAUCGUGAUCAAAGUCUAUCAGGGAAAUAUGUUCAUCCAAGUGAAUAUUCUACAAAUGAAAAUUUUUUCGGUAUGGAAAAAGAAAUUGAAAAUUUAAUCACCGAAAAUAAUGAACUGAUGGCGACGAAAAAUGCAUUGAAUAUUGUCAAAGAUGAUCUUAUUGCCAAAGUGGAUGAACUACAAAGUGAUUUAGCCAUGUGUAAAAAUGAAAUACAGCAACGUGAAGCUGUUCAGGAACGAUUAAAAUCGCGAAUAUCACAAUUGGAAGAGGAAUUGAAAAAGAAUAAAGAAGAGCUAGAAGAUUGUAAACAAAAAUUAUCUGCAUUAAAAGAGGAUGAAGAAGAAGGCGUACCAAUGGCACAACGUAAACGUUUCACUCGUGUAGAAAUGUCUCGUGUAUUGAUGGAACGUAAUAGUUAUAAAGAAAAAUAUUUCGAACUACAAGAAGCUUUAAAAUGGGCAGAAUUAAGCCGCGCAAGUAGAAACGAAGAUAAACGAUCGAAUUUUUGGAAAUUAGGAAAAACUCCUUGGAUUGGUUUUAGUAAUCUAUUUAAUCCAAGUCCUACGACUGGAACAAUCGAUCAGACUCGACCAACUUCCACUGGUUCGACGACAAUAUCGACUGGUACUCCUGCUAUUCGUUAUUCCGCGAAUCCAACUGCAACCAUACCAGCAUUGGAAGCAAUGAGACGUCGUGCUCGUGUGCAACAGAAUGGUGAUCUCGAAUUAAUGAUGGAUUCGGAUUUAUCAUCAGAACGAGCUAGAGCAAUGAAAAAUCUUAAAGCACAUGUUAGCCGCUCUGGUAAUGGUGAUCGUAUACAAGCAUAUGGUUGGAGUAUAACAGGUGCCUCAUCAUCUUCUUCUCCAAGUUCUGAUUCAACAAACAAAACACCAUUCUCAUUGAAAAAUACAUCGGUUCCUGUUCCUAUAUAUUGUCGACCAUUAGGUGGUGAAGAUAUAGGCAUGAAAAUCUGGUGUGCCACGGCUGUUGAUUUAAGCGGUGGUGAAGCAGGAUUCCCUGAUACUAGUAAUGCCUCAAAUAAGUCGGAUUAUGAAAGUGAUAAAAGUAAUCAAGAUCCAUUAACAGAUUUAGAGAAUGAAAUUGAUGAAGCAAUCAAAGAGCAAACAUUACCAACGGAUCAACAAUAUUCGAAUUUUGUUUGGAUAUGCAGUGUUAGUCAUUCGAAAAGUAAAGUGACUAUCGUCAAUAUACGUAGCAAUCCUGGUGAAGUCCUUGAUUCAUUUUUUAUUAAAACACAUCUACUCUGUAUUUGUUCAACACCUGGUGCUAAGAAUAGUGAUUUUCUUGGCGACCAUGGUUUGUCGAUACAACCUGAGGAUCAUCCAGAAUUGUUUCUAAGCCAUCGGAAAGAGAAACCAUUAAAUGAUGUAGCUACAUCGAUUACAUUUUCAUCACCUGUACCCAGUAUACAAUCGGAUAUUUCAACUAAUUUUGAUACUAAUUCGAUCACUAAUGAAGAAUCAAUAUCGAAACAAUUAAAUAUUGAUGAGGCGAUAAAAGCGGAAGAAGCCUCCAGUGUUAAUUCAAUGCCAAUCUCACCGACAUCAUUAGCAACAGCAAUUAAUGAAAACGCAACGGAAGCCAAGAAUGUUACAUUGGAAAAAUUAACCGAAUAUGUAGCAUACACACAACCACCAUCGCCUACAAAUUCAAUGAAUGGUUGCGAUGAUGAAAGUGAUCAGCGAUCAAAUAACCAGCAAAAAUCGCAUACCUCAUCAUCAUCACCACAAGUAGAAACAAAUACGAUACGGUCAUCAAGUUCAUCAUUGCCCAUACAACCAAUGUCAACACGAUUACCGACAAUGUGGCUUGGUGGCCAAAAUGGUGUUUUAUAUGUACACUCAGCCAUUGCUCAAUGGUCACACUGUAUAGCGACAAUACAUUUGCCCGAUUCAAUUCUACAUAUUGUUCAUUAUCGUGGACGAGUUUUUGUUGCAUUAGCCAAUGGUCAAUGUUGUAUAUUCUAUCGUUGUGAACAUACGGGCGAAUGGAAUUUCAAUCAAUAUUACACACUCGAUAUCGGAAUCUAUUCGACUUUGAUGAACAAUCAACAUUCAUCAGCGGAAAUGAAUAAUAAUAGCAAGCAGCAGCCACAAACAGCAUUGUAUUCAAUUCGUUGUCUGGAAAUUGUCAAGGAUGUUGUCUGGCUGGGUUAUCGAAAUUUGAUAUUUAUUGUUAAUACACGAACAUUUAAAGUUGUCAAUUCGUUCAUCGCUCAUCCACGUAAAGAAACCUAUGUACGACAUUUGGCUGCCAUAGGAGAUGGUGUUUGGUGUUCGUUUCGGUUGGAUUCAACAUUACGAUUAUAUUCAGCAUUUAAACCGUAUCAACAUAUACAAACGAUAGACAUUGAACCAUAUGUAACGAAAAUGGUCAUGUCCAAAUCAUUCAAUUUUGUACGAAUAACAGCACUGAAAGCAAGUAAUCAUCGAUUAUGGAUAGGUACAUCUAAUGGUGUCGUAUUAUGUUUACCUUGUGCCACAACGGCAACACGAAAAUCAGAUGAUAAUACGAUGGCUGCUUUAAGUAAAAAAAUUCAAACCACCGAAGCAACUGGAUCAUUAACAAUAUCAUCAUUUAUACCAUUAUGUGAUGUGGCCACCAUACAGCUAUCCUUUCAUGGCCAUAAGGAUAAUAUUAAAUUUUUUGUUUGUACAAAUAAUCUUAUACUUAGUGGUGGCGAAGGAUAUAUUGAUUUCCGUAUCAACAACAGUAAUGAUGUCAAUUGCUCUCUUUCGAAAGGUGAUCGUUCACAUUUAAUUGUUUGGGAAAUUAAUGCCUGAAGAUAAUACAUCUGAAAUACACUUUGUAUAUCUCCCCAACUUUUGUUUGUAUAUAAAUCAACGAUAAAAUUUGUCAUUUUUUACAUCUCAUUUCAUCAGAUUCUUUACUUUUCAUCAUUCAUU